AUGCGCAACCUCGCCUCUACGGCCCUGGGGGCGCUUGUGUCCUUGUCCUAUAUCCAAGCUUCCAAUGCCUUUUACAUUCCAGAUUCCCUAGGCUUCUCGAUAAAAAGCUACAACGAUGGCGAACAAAUCCCCGUCCUCGUCAACAAGGUGUACUCCGACAACACCCAGCUCCAGUACGGUUACUACGACCUUCCCUUCGUAUGUCCCCCGACAGGCGAGCAGCACUCAGGCCUUCUCAGCGGCAAGAACGUGCCCCUAAAUCUCGGCGAAGUCCUCCGCGGCGACCGCAUCAAGACGUCGGAUAUCGAUCUCAGGAUGGGCGAGGACAAGGAAUGCGCCAUGCUCUGCAACCUCGAGCUCAACCGCGCCAAGGUCGAGCGGGCGAGGGACCUCGUCGAGGAUGGGUAUGUGGUCGAAUGGAUCGUCGAUAACCUCCCCGGCGCGACGAGCUUCGUGACCACGGACAAGUCGAAGAAGUACUACGCCGCGGGCUUCAAGCUGGGUUCGAUCGAGGUCGGCCCCACGGGUGAGGAAAAGGUUCUUCUCAACAACCAUCAUACGAUUGUUAUCCGGUACAGGAGAGCGCCGGGUCGCGCGGGGGAUCAGGGCGGCAAGGUGGUUGUUGGCUUCGAGGUCUACCCGAAGAGCAUUGGCGUUGAGAACCCCAUGAACGAUAUCGGUUGCCCGUUCGACAUGCAGCACAUUACACACAAUCUAGAGCUCCGACUCCCGCCCAGGAGUGAGGACGAAACCGACGAGGAUGCCGAGCGCUCGCUCAUGUCGGUCCGCUACACUUACUCGGUCUACUUCCGCGAAGAUGAAUCGAUUGAGUGGAACCGACGGUGGGAUCUCUACUUUGUCAACCAGGAGGAUGGGAACAGGAUCCACUGGCUCGCGAUUGUGAAUUCGCUCAUCAUUUGCGGGCUUCUGACCACGGUUGUUGCGAUUAUCCUAGCCAAGACGAUUCGCGCCGACAUCAAGAGUUACAAGGAUAUCAAGGCCGAGGAGGGCCGGUCCAAGCUCAAGCUCAAACCCCUCCCCUCACCAGGUGCCGGGGAGAAGACUGGGGGUGGUCUCCUGAGCCAGGGCCCCACGGAGGAGGACGAUGAUCACCUCGAUUCUGACGACGAGGCCUUCGAGGAUGCCAGUGGAUGGAAGCUUCUGCACUCGGAUGUCUUCAGGACGCCUGCGUAUGGAUAUCUCCUGGCGGCGUUGGUAGGGUCAGGAAUGCAGUUGCUUCUCAUGGCUCUCGGCCUGGUUCUUCUGAGCGCGUUUGGCGUGUUGAACCCCAGCUUCCGCGGCGGCUUCAUUAGCGUCGGCAUGGGUCUGUUCAUCUUCAACGGCUUGUUCAGCGGAUACUUUUCGGCGCGGGUGUUCAAGACGCUCGACGGCCAGAGCUGGCGCCGCAACGCGCUUGUCACGGCGCUCUUCGUCCCCGGCCUACUGUUCGUCGUCGUCUUCAUGCUGAACUUAUUCGUGUGGGCGCAGGCAUCCAGCACGGCCAUCCCCUUCAGCACGUUAAUUGCGCUCAUCGUCCUGUGGUUCUGCAUCCAGGUGCCCCUCGUCUACGUUGGCUCGUGGUACGGCUUCAACAACGCGGCGGCGUGGGAGCACCCGACGAAAGCGACGUCGAUCGCGCGCCAGGUCCCGCCGCAGUCGUGGUACCUCCAACCCUUCCAGACGAUCCUCUUCGCGGGGCUCAUCCCCUUCGCCGUCAUCUUCAUCGAGCUCCUCUUCGUGUUCCGGUCGGUGUGGCAGGACAAGAGCGGGUACUACUACGUCUUCGGGUUCCUGGCCGUCGUGUCGUUCAUCCUCAUGGUGACCGUGGCCGAGGUGACCAUCGUGUCGGUGUUCUUGCAGCUCUGCGCCGAGAACCAUAACUGGUGGUGGCGGUCGUUCUUGGUGGGCGGGAGCAGCUCGGUGUGGGUGUUUGCUUACUGCGUGUGGUAUUACUUUUUUAAACUCAAUAUUACGGGCUUUGUGAGCACGAUGCUUUUCUUUGGGUAUAGUUUCAUGGCGUGUUGCGUUUAUGGGUUGUUGACGGGGACGGUUGGGUUCCUGAGCGCGUAUGCGUUUAUUAGGAGGAUUUACGGCGCUAUUAAAGUCGACUAA